UCUUUGGUCUCGGCGGCAGAAGCGAGAUGACGAAGGGGACGUCCUCGUUCGGCAAGCGCCGCAACAAGACGCACACGCUGUGCCGCCGCUGCGGCUCCAAGGCCUACCACCUGCAGAAGUCCACGUGCGGCAAGUGCGGCUACCCGGCCAAGCGCAAGAGGAAGUAUAACUGGAGUGCCAAGGCCAAGCGACGGAACACCACCGGGACGGGGUGCAUGCGGCACCUGAAAAUCGUGUACCGCAGGUUCAGGCAUGGAUUCCGUGAAGGAACAACUCCUAAACCCAAGAGGGCAGCUGUUGCCGCAUCCAGUUCAUCUUAAGGAUUUCAGUGAUUAGUCGAGCAAUAAAUCUCGGUUUUCAAAAAAAAAAAAAAAAAAGAAA